AUGCCGCCAAAACGCCAAACUCCAAAGCCAGAGAAUGGUCCCAAGGAGCCGAGCGCCGAGCAAUUGAAAGUGGACCGUUCGUUCGCAGCUAUGAAGCUCGAAAAGUGCUCUGGCAAGGAAGAUUUAGAAGACCGGCCGUUCGUGUUCACCGCCGAGUCGCAACUGGAGCAGGGCUUUCCACUUUAUGGAUGCGCUUUCAAUCCAUAUGUGAAACCUCAACACCGCCAAAUGGUUGCGGUUUGUGGAGGAAUCGGAGCUCAUGUCUUCCUCGUCCCACAUGAUAAGAACAGGCUUGAACAUAUUUGGGGAGUCUCCUUCGAACAACCAGCAGAUCCAACAAAGAAGGACCGAAAGGAGGAAUUGCUCACUGUCACUUGGGCAUAUGACACCUAUGAUGCCGAUCAGGGCCGUGCAGCCUUCAGAGUCGUGGUCGCUGGUGUUCUGGGCCACAUCUAUGUAGUUGAUUUUAAGACUAGAAAUCUCUGCAACAGACUCCGCAGUUACGGAGGAGAUAUCAACGACAUCCGUGUGAGCCCAGCCGACUCUAAUCUGAUUGCUGGAGCAUCGUCAGAUCAGACGAUUCGGAUCCACCAUAUCCGCAAUCAAGGAGCACUGAUCACGAUCGGAGGUCCAUUCAGCCACCCAGGACCAGUUCUCUCAGUUGACUGGAACUCAGAAGGAACCUAUCUCCUCAGCUGUGGAUUCGACCAUCAAGUCAUGAAGUGGGACCUCACCGCUGAGCCGGCGAAAAGCUGGCUUGAGAAGACUUGCAAGGAGCUGGAGAAAGGGAAAAAGGAUAUUUAUUUCCAAUCCGGAUUGGACCAAAAAAGCGACAACACCUUGGAGCUCUACACUCCAGUUGCGCAGAUCUCUGACUUGCACCAUGAUUACAUGGACUGUAUCAGAGUUCUGCCAGAUUCUGAUUGUUUUGCUUCCAAAAGCGUGUCCUACGAUCCCCAUCUGAAUAUUUCGAAGCUGGGACUUCCUGGAAAUAUGCGCACACACGAUAGAGGAGCUCCUCUUGAACCGGAAAGGAACGCUUUCCCCCUCAUGUGGUUUGCAAUCGGAGAAGGUAAAAGGUGGUUCCACAAGUUCUCGAUCGAUCCCAAGAGAAGAUGGAUAGCUGGAGGAGGGGAUGAAGGAAGUAUCAUGUUCUUCGAUCUCAAUGAUGAACAACACACUGAAGAUGGAAAAUACAUCACAAAACCGGAACCAAACCCUCCAAAACCAUACAGCGACCAGCCAGCGAGCUCUGAAAGUCUUCCGCAUCCUUCAAGGGUCCGGUACUACAAAGUAUCGGAUGUCGGGAUUCGCAAUGUGGAUUUCUCUCCUUGUGGUCGUUACGUCGUUGCGGUUACGGAGGAAAGCUCCAUCAUCCGCAUGGAUCGAGUCGCUGAAGACGUCGCAGUGGACAAGCUGACCGAGUACUUGGGAGUCAUGGGUAUCACUAAGUAA